AUGGAUUUUGUAAUGCUGUUUGGUCUAUCACUCCUUGUUAUAGUCGCUGCAGUAUGGACAAUUCCUUACGCUGUUGAAUGCAUCAACACUGGAGUUGGAAGUUCAGAAACACAUCACUGCAAGACGGACGCUUGCAAGAAAAUCGAGCGGCUCUUCAAAGAAGCAAUAAACAAAGAAGUCGAGCCUUGUGCCGACUUCUACGGGCACGUGUGCGGAACGUGGAUUGAGAACUCAACCCAUCUGCCGGGUGGUGUGAAAUAUCAGAAUACUGAAGAUUCGUUUUGGAAACAGCUAAAUGGACUGCUCGAAGACGUGGAUGCGAACGAGAAGCCGAAGUACUUCAAGAAGGCUACUCGAGCAUACGAAAUUUGCAUGUGUGAAGAUGUGGAGAGUGACCACAAAGACGAGCUUAACAACAUGCUGUCGAGUAUGGGCAUCCAGAAGUGGCCUAUCACAUCUGAGGAAGAUACCUCCCCAUCUUGGAAUGAUCUGUUCGUCAAAGUUCACAACCAGUUGGGGUUGACGGCGGUGAUGAAUAUAAAAGUGGAACCCGACAAAAAGAAUUCAACAUUACACGCCAUUACACUAAGACCUCCGAGUUUCGGGUUUGGCGACUACACUUGGCAUGAGCAACGACAGUUUUGGACAAAAUACAGGGAAUACAUAAAGAACUUCAUGAAAAAGUAUGAGCCAUCUCUCACAGACGAAGAAGAAAUCAGCUCCACAGUGGAGGACAUUAUCAGGUUUGAGAAGGGACUUUUUAAGGCAUCUUCUCCUUUCUGGAUUGAUCCGGAGCCAGAGAAGUCUGUGCCAUGGCUAUCCAUCUUCGAACAGAUAUUUGCCGCUGCCAAUGUAACCGUGAGCAACGAGAGUAGUCUAGCACUUGAAGAUUCCAUCUACUACUUGGCAUUCUACAAUGUCUUGAACUCCACGAAGAGCUCCGUCGUAAGCAACUAUUUUGGUUGGCGAAGCCUUCAGGAAGUUGCUCCUCUCCUAAACGCCGACUACGAAAAUUAUACGCUCAAUUUUAGUGGAGAGACGAAACAGAAUUCAGUGAAAGGACAGCGGUGGAAGAGGUGCAUUGAUAUGUUGGCUGGACGAAACGGAAUUGCAAAGCACCUUAUGGGGCGCCUUCACGUAGAUGAAUAUCUCUCAGGGGAAGCAAAGGGCAAGGUGAAGAAGAUGCAACUUAAAAUCGCGUACGAAGAAAAACUCAAACAGGACGAGUAUAUGGAAAAGCUGUACGAAUUGACCGGCGAUAUCGAGCAAGGAACAAAGCUGAUAGAAGUCAUCAAAGGAUUUAGACAUAACAAUGUGAUAACCAACCUGAAGUUGUUAAAUGAGCCGUACAACAGGAAGAAAGACUUUGACUACGUGGACCCAGCCAUUGUAGAUGGGAAGUACAUCUGCGAGGACAAUGCCUUUUACCAGCUAUCGGGAGCACUCCAGUUUCCAUUCUACGCCGAUGACGUACCACAGGAAGUGCUUAUGGGACUUCUGGGUUGCAACGUGGCAUCAAAAAUGCAAAGUGGAUUAGACUAUAAGGGUGGUUUCUUUGAAGCGGAUGGUUUCAUGCGCGAAGAGAGUUUCUGGUCAACGGAGUCAACCAACGCGCACAAGGAAAAGUUAGCCUGCUUUUCGAAGCAGUAUCAGAAUAUUACCGAUGGCUACCGAGUCAAAUCCGUAACAAGUAUCACCGUUCGAAACGAUGAGCUAGAUAAUGCAGGCCUGCAAGCAGCCUACUGGGUGGCCGCACGCUUCGAUCUGUCGCUCGUAUACUGA